AUGAGCAUACUAGGAUUUACUAAAGAUUGGACCACAGAAUUCUUUGACCAAAGAAGUAACUUCUUAGGUGGAAGUAUUGUUGAAAAUUCUGUUCAAACAGUUACAAUUUCUGAACCUCUUACAUGGGCACAAACUGCUGAUGAAAUUAAAAAUAAAAGUAAAAACAUUGUUUAUAAAAUUGAUGAUUUAUCAAGAUUACAGAAGAAGUAUUUAUCUAUUGAUUUGGAUGACUAUGAGAGUAUUGGUAAAGAAGUUGAUAUGAAGACAAAUGAAAUCAAAUUGAAUUUAAAACAGUUACAAAAUGAAGUAACUAAAUUUAAUAGAUUUAAAGAAGAAGACAAUCCAACAUUAAUUCAAAAUGUUCAAACAAAUUUAGCAGAAGAAGUUAAUAAAGUUGCUGAACAAUUUAAAAGUCAAAAUAAAAGUUAUUUACUCAAAUUAAAACAAAGAACAAAAAAAUUUGAUGAUUGUUUUACUACUGAAGGAGAAGAAGGUGUGUAUUCAUUUGGAUUUGAUGAAAAACAAUUAAAUAUGUUAAGUGAAUCAGAAGAAAUGGUAGAUCAACGAGUUGCAGAAAUAAAAAAAAUAGCUAAAACUGUUCAAGAAUUAGCAGAAAUGACACAACAAUUAAAUAUGUUAAUUCAUGAACAAGGAACAAUUAUUGAUCGUAUUGAUUAUAAUAUUGAACACACAGAACAUCAAGUAUCAAAAGCUGUUGAAGAAAUUAAACAAGCAGAAACAUAUCAAAAAGCUACUCGAGUCAAAAUCAUUGUACUGAUUUUAUUAAUGUUAAUUUUAGGAGCAAUUAUUGUUCUUGUUCUUAAAGUUGCUCUUUAA